ACUCUUGGGAGGUCCUGCAGGCCUGGCGGCGGCGGGGGGGUGGUGGUGUGGAGAGGGCGGCUCUGGGUGGCUUCAGCCACUGACUCCAGCCUUGCGGAGAAGGAAGUUCCCAGAGCAAGCUGGAACAGGCCCCCAGCUUCCUCACAGGGGCUAGCACAGCCAUCCUCGGGGCGGCAUUCCCCGGGCCCCAGCCCUGGCCUCGACUCCGUGAAGCGGCAGGGUCCAGUCUGGCAAAGGAGGCCAGUGUUUCCACUCCACUGGCCCUUGCACAGACGAUGUGAGCUGACAGCCUGCAGGGUCACCAGGAUGCAGAGCAGUUUGCACAGGUCGGUGGAGGGUGCUGGCUGACAGCAUAGCGCUGGUGGGGAAAGGCAGAGCAGGCUGGAUUGAACGCCCCAGGUCGGACGCCAGCCCUCAUCCUCCUGCAGCUCUCCUUGGUGAGGCAGAACCAGCCCUCCUGGCCAUGGGAGGAGCCGUGGUGGAUGAUGGUCCCACGGGUGUCAAGGCCCCGGAUGGCGGCUGGGGCUGGGCCGUCCUCUUCGGCUGUUUCGUCAUCACAGGCUUCUCCUAUGCCUUCCCCAAGGCCGUCAGCGUCUUCUUCAAAGAGCUCAUUCAUGAGUUCGGGAUUGGCUACAGUGACACAGCCUGGAUCUCCUCCAUCCUCCUGGCUAUGCUCUAUGGCACAGGCCCACUCUGCAGCGUGUGUGUGAACCGCUUUGGCUGCCGGCCUGUCAUGCUCGUGGGUGGCCUGUUCGCUUCCCUGGGCAUGGUGGCUGCCUCUUUCUGCAGAAGCAUCAUUCAGGUGUACCUCACCACGGGGGUCAUCACUGGCUUGGGCCUGGCUCUCAACUUCCAGCCCUCCCUCAUCAUGCUCAACCGAUACUUCAACAAGCGGCGCCCCAUGGCCAACGGGCUAGCAGCAGCGGGCAGUCCAGUGUUCCUGUGUGCACUGUCCCCACUGGGGCAGCUGCUGCAAGACCACUAUGGCUGGCGGGGUGGCUUCCUCAUCCUGGGGGGCCUGCUGCUCAAUUGUUGUGUGUGUGCUGCACUCAUGAGGCCACUAGUGGCUCCCAAGUCGAGUGGAGAACCAGAGCCCCGGCGGCCAUCCCAGCGCCUGCUGGAUCUGAGCGUCUUCAAGGACCGCGGUUUCCUCAUCUAUGCAGUGGCCGCCUCCAUCAUGGUGCUGGGGCUCUUUGUGCCACCUGUGUUUGUGGUUAGCUAUGCUAAGGACCUGGGUGUGCCGGACACCAAGGCUGCCUUCUUGCUCACCAUCCUGGGCUUCAUCGACAUCUUUGCCCGGCCCACGGCUGGCUUCAUCACCGGGCUCAAGAAAGUGCGGCCCUACUCUGUCUACCUCUUCAGCUUCGCCAUGUUCUUCAAUGGCUUCACUGACCUGACAGGCUCCACGGCCAGUGACUACGAUGGCCUGGUGGUCUUUUGCAUCUUCUUUGGCAUCUCCUACGGCAUGGUGGGGGCUCUGCAGUUCGAGGUGCUCAUGGCUAUCGUGGGCACCCACAAGUUCUCCAGUGCCAUUGGUCUUGUGCUGCUGCUGGAGGCCGUGGCCGUGCUCAUUGGACCCCCAUCGGGUGGCAAGCUGCUGGACGCAACGCACGUCUAUAAGUGCGUGUUCCUCCUGGCGGGGGCCGAGGUGCUCACCUCCUCCUUUGUGCUGCUGCUGGGCAACUUCUUCUGCAUGGGGAAGAGGUCUGAGGCUGCGCGGCCCGAGGCGACGGCCUCGGCCGCAGAGGAGCUGCACAAGCCCCCCAUGGACGUGAGGGUGGACUCGCAGGAGGUGGAGCACUUCCUGAAGGCAGAGCCUGAGAAAAACGGGGAGGUGGUUCAUACCCCGGAAACCAGCGUGUGAGCGGCCAGGCCAGGCCAGCAGGGAGCAGGGACGAGGUACAGAGACUGGCAACGCUCGUAUUUAUUUCACAAACAGGACCAGCUGAGGCAGGGCCACCGGCUCGGCUCUGGCUGCCUGGUCAGCGGGUCAGUGUUUUGUGGGGGGGAGGCGGCGGGGUAGGAACCGUGUCAUUCCAAAGUGGAUCUGCGGUGAAGCCAAGCCCCACAGUUACAAGCCGCCUGCACCAGGGACCCAGUCUGCAACCCGUGUCCCCCACCCCGCUGUGGUCAAGGACCUAGAAACCCAUGCUUCGGACACAACACGACUUUAAUCAGAGGGUGGGGCUGGGAGAGGCUGGCGGGUGGGCACUGCCUCAACCUCCCUCCCUGGUGCCCGUCUGACCCCACUGUGCCCAUCUCUCUUGGUCUAGGGGACAAAGAGCUCCUUCCACCUGAGUGUGUGGAAAUAAACUUGCGUGUGGGGGGAGUCUCAGAGGGGUUUGUCUCCAGGAGCUGUGCGCAGUAAGAUGGUCACCCUGGGUCCCACUUUGGCUAAGAAACAACCUGGUUAUCCUUACAAAGCGGUUUUGGUCCUCAUCAGCUUUCGCAGUGCUGUCUGUCUGUCUGGAACAGUCCCGGCUGACCCCAGGGGUUGCUCAGCAGCCACAGUAUUUACAGGGCGUGGAGAAACGGGGCUGGCGGGGGAAGGACCUGUGCUAGAGACAGGUGCCUGGAGGCCGCGGGGACGGUGCUGUGCCUGUGGGCUGGUCUGAGACCUGCGAGCCCCAGCGGUGAGGGGACUGAGCUGAGAUAGAGCAUGCGAGCUCUGUUCGCUGCGUGUGGGCUUUAAAACAUAGACUUUCCUGCCU